CAGUGAUAAUAAUUUUUGCUGGUGUUAAUUUUAUGCCAUGCCUGUGCAAGCACCACAGUGGACAGAUUUUUUGUCCUGCCCUAUCUGUUACAAUGAAUUUGAGUGUAGUGUCCGUCGUCCUAUCAGUCUUGGCUGUGGUCAUACUAUGUGUAAAAAUUGCUUAUCAAAACUUCAGAGAAAACAGUGCCCAUUUGAUCAAACCACCAUCAACAUUGACAUUAACCAGUUACCUGAAAACUAUGCACUUUUGCAACUGGUUGGUGGAAGAAUUCCAGAUAAACCACCUACAGUUGUUCCUUUGGUAUCCAAGGAAGACUACAAACAUUAUCUACAAACAAAGAAAUAUGUGGAAGAGUUAGCUUUAUACCUAAAGUCUGCAUCUCCUGGCACUACAAACGGAAUUCCUCAGAACAGUCCUUUGACUAGACCUAUGCAGAGGAAAUUGGUAACAUUGAUCAAUUGUCAGCUGGUUGAAGAGGAAGGUAGAGCACGAGGAAUGAGAGCAGCCAGAUCUCUUGGAGAGCGUUCCGUAACAGAACUAAUUUUGCAGCAUCAGAAUCCUCAGCAAUUAUCUGCUAAUCUAUGGGCAGCAGUAAGAGCCAGGGGUUGCCAAUUUUUAGGGCCAGCCAUGCAAGAAGAAGUUUUAAAACUGGUGUUACUGGCAUUAGAAGAUGGAUCAGCAUUGUCGAGGAAAGUCUUAGUAAUGUUUGUUGUACAACGUCUAGCUCCUCAUUUCCCUCAAGCAUCUAAAACUAGUAUAGGCCAUGUGGUUCAGUUACUUUAUAGAGCGUCUUGUUUUAAGGUUUCGAAAAGGGAAGGAGAUUCAUCACUUAUGCAGCUAAAGGAAGAGUUUCGCACAUAUGAAGCUCUUAGAAGGGAGCAUGAUGCUCAGAUAGUACAGAUAGCAACUGAGGCAGGGUUACGUAUUGCACCAGAGCAAUGGUCCUCACUUCUGUAUGGUGAUACAGCUCAUAAAUCACAUAUGCAGUCCAUUAUUGAUAAGUUGCAAACUCCACAGUCAUUUUCUCAAAGUGUUCAAGAAUUAGUCAUAGCAUUGCAACGUACUGGUGAUCCUGGUAAUUUAUCUGUCCUGAGGCCACAUUUGGAAUUAUUAGCUGGUAUUGAUCCAAGCCCAGAUACACUACCACCAUCAUGGGAAGAUCUGGAGAAUGCUCAAAAGGCUACAAAUAUUGUUGUUAAAGGUUUAGUGGAUUUUGUAAAAAAUUAUGGCAGUCGUAAGUUACAAGAGGACCGACAAAGUCUAAAUGCAAAAUAUAAAACAAGUAUGUGCCGAGAUUUAACUCAACGUGGAAGUUGCCCUCGUGGUGCCAACUGUACUUUUGCUCAUUCUCAAGACGAACUGGAAAAGUACAGAGCAAAAAAUAAGCAUAAUAUUGGAAAUCGGAAUACCGGUCUUAAUGCUAGAAGCCCUAAUUCUGAAAAUUCAGGGUGUAGAUUAAAAGACAUUAUGCCUCCAAAUGAUUCACCAUCCAUUAAUGCAAAUAGUCAUAUUGUAUCAGAACCUGUUAUGGCACCUGAGUGUGGAAUAACAAACAGUGCUUUUGAUGGGCCAUUCAUUUCAGAAAGUGAGAACAUAUCAUUGAUUACUUAAAGUUGUUCAAAGUAGAAAUAUUCUACAAGCC